UUAAACAUUAACGAAAUAUUAGCCAAGUAAGGAGGGAAUAUACAUCUUUCUUCCUCCUUCGUGAACCAGCCGCCGCUCCCGCACUUCCUCUCUAUCUCAGCUUCAGCUGUGCCGUCAUUCGCGCCUUUCUCUUCUCUCACGCACGCCGUCCGCCGCCGCCACUGCACGUCGUGCCGUCUUCCGCCUGCACUUCUCGCCGCCAUCUGUGGGUCGCGCGCUGCCGUGGGUCGUGCCGGAAACUUGGUACUUGAGUUUUGUUGGUGAAAAGCAUUUGUUUCUUAGUCAAGCUGAAGAAAUGGAUUCCGAUACUCUUCUAGAUCCCAUGGAGAUGAAGGUCAAAGAACUUUUAAAGGAAUUUCAGCUUGACUACUCCCCUGCACUGCAUAAGCUCGUCGAGGGCACAGUUUCUGCUAUAAAAAAAGCUAUUAAACUUAUUCCUGAUGACUUGAAGGUUACUGCAGCUGCAGCUCCGGGUUUUAUCAGGGAUAUUGGUGCAGACAAAGUGGAAUUCAAAUUUCGGAAGCCAAAAUCAAUUAAGAUCGGCGGCAGUUAUGCCUUUCAAGGCAUUGCAAAACCUGAUGUAAAUGUGGAUCUUUUAGUUAGCUUGCCAAAGGAGUGCUUCCAUGAGAAAGACUACCUGAAUUACCGGUACCAUGCUAAAAGGUUUCUUUACCUUUGCACAAUCAAGAAGUAUUUGGACUCAUCUUCUAUGUUUUCAAAGGUUGAAUAUUCUACACUUCAGAAUGAGGCUCGAAAACCUGUUUUAAUCGUUCAUCCAGCUUUGGAGGAGUUGAAGGUAGCUCCUGGAUUUUUUGUCAGAAUAAUUCCUACAAUAGCAGCGUCCUAUUUUAGCAUUUCAAAAUUGAAUCUCAAGCGAAAUAACAUCCAUGCCUUGAACCAAGGGAGCUUACUUCCAGCUACACCUAAGUAUAACUCUAGCAUUUUGGAAGAUAUGUACUUCGAUGAUACUGCAGAAAUGGUUAGGAAGCCUUUUCUUGAAUCAAAAAGUCUGGUAGAAACCUUAAUUCUACUUAAGGUUUGGGCUCGGCAGAGGGCUUCAAUAUAUGUUCAUGAUUGCUUGAGUGGAUUUUUAAUAGCUGUAAUAUUAUCAUACCUCAUUACGCACAAUAUAAUAAAUAAUUCAAUGACAGCGAUCCAGAUGUUUCGUGUUGCAGUAAAAUUUAUAGCCUCUUCAGAUUUAUGGAAGUGUGGGCUCCAUUUUAAGCUUGAACCUCAGAGUACUAUUUCAAAGGAGGAAAAGAAGCAAUAUAAAGAUCUGUUUCCUGUGGUUAUAUGCAAUCCAUCUUCCAACUUCAACAUUGCUUUUCGAAUAUCGCAAUCAGGUUUUGCUGAGCUUCAAGAUGAGGCUGCAAUGGCACUUGCAUGUUUGGAGAAAUGCAGCAAUGGUGGAUUUGAAGAGGUUUUUAUGACCAAAAUUGACUUCGCUGUUAGAUAUGACCAUUGUAUUAGAUUGAAUUUGAGGGGACAAGAUAAGUUAUAUGCAUCAGGCUUUUGUAUGGAUGAUGAGUGUUGGAGACUAUAUGAGCAGAAAGUACAUGGGGUUUUAAGUCAAGGCCUGACUGAUAGAGCAAAAUUCAUUCGUGUUUCCUGGAGGAACACUGAGCCUGGAUGCAAUAUUGAAAAUGGAUUAUCAGCAUUUGAUAUGCAUCCAUUGCUUGUUGGAAUUUCAAUAAGCUCUGUGGAAAAAGCCUUUCGUGUAGUUGAUAUUGGUCCGAAUGCUGAUGACAAAGAAGAUGCCCUAAAGUUUAGGAGAUUUUGGGGUGAAAAAGCUGAGCUCAGGAGAUUUAAAGAUGGCAGAAUUGCAGAAAGCACAGUUUGGGAAACUGAUCAAUGGACAAGACAUCUCAUUUUGAAAAGAAUUGUGGAAUAUCUUUUUGUUCGACACCUUUCACCAAUGUCAACCGACCGUAUUAUGCAUGCUGUGGAUCAGAUUGAUUUCUCCCUGCGUCAUGGUUCUCGAGAUCCAAUAACAUUUUCUGGAACUUUGCUUGCGGCAUAUGAAGUUUUAUCGAAGCGUUUACGGUCAGUUGAAGACAUUCCUUUGAAGGUGUCUGCUGUACAGCCUUUAGACUCAGCCUUCAGGUAUACAUCUGUCUAUCCUCCUGAACCUCACCCACUAGCUGAAGAAAAAGCAAGUGAUCUGCGAACACCGAAGACAUUUGCUCCAUCCUGCAUCAAGCCACUCGAAGUUAUGAUUCAGUUGGAAGGCUCUGGGAACUGGCCCACUGAUGAGGUUGCAAUUGAAAAAACCAAAACAGCCUUCCUUCUUAAAAUUGGAGAGAGUCUACAGAAUGUUUGGGGUAUGACAUGCAUUGCUUCAGAAGAUUCUGUUAAUGUACUUGUUUCUGGUUAUGCCUUCCGUCUACAAAUUUGGCAUGAAAGAGGCCUGAGUUUGUUGAGUAAGGAAUCUGGAAAUGAUUUAGCAAAUCGGACCUCCUUGAUAGAUAAACAACUUUUUAUUCAAAGCCAGCAUUCUAGCAUGAUUAGUGGAUUACAGGCUCGUCACUCAAUAUAUGGACCGGUUGUUAGGUUGGCCAAACGAUGGAUAGCCUCACAUUUCUUUUCAGCAUGCUUGGUAGAGGAAGCAGUCGAACUGUUGGUAGCAUCAAUUUUCCUGAAGCCUCUACCCUUCCAUGCUCCACUUUCUCGAAUCACAGGUUUUUUAAGGUUCUUAAGACUAUUGUCGGAAUAUGACUGGACUUUUUCUCCAUUGGUUAUUGACAUAAACAAUGAUUUGGGUGCAAACGAGGAGAAAGAAAUAGCUGAUAAAUUUAACAUGACACGAAAAGAUUUGCAAGAAAAUCCACAAAAUGCAAUUCCCGCCAUGUUCUUAGCAACAGCUUAUGACAAGGCAUCCGAGGCUUGGACCAAGUUUUCACCAAAAGUUUCGGAGCUAAAAAGGUUGGCUGCUUAUGCUAGAAGCAGCGCAGAUUUGUUGACAAGACUAAUAUUGCAGCAUCAGGUCGAUUCUUGUCUGUGGGAGUCCCUUUUCCGAACUCCAUUGACGAACUAUGACGCCGUUAUUCUUCUCCAUAGAGACAAAUUACCUUACCCACAACGUCUUCUCUUCCCAUCUGAACUGAACCAAGCAGGAACCCAUGUCGCAAAAGGGAAUCCUAGCAAGAUCUUCACUCCAUUCUUAUCUCCUAGAAACUUGAAAGCAAGUUCUGGAAACAUUAAGGACAGACUUUUGGUAAAUUUUGAUCCAUUAAGGUGUUAUAUCGAGGAUCUGCAGGCAAAAUUCUCGAACACUUUCAACUUAUGGUAUGACUCUUUGGGAGGUGAUGCAAUUGGUGUAACAUGGGGACAACGCAGUUCUAAGAAGCGUGGACGUGACGACGAAGCUGUGGCGGAAGAAAAAGAACCAGCUGAAGUGCUAAAAUCUGCUGGUGAAACUGGUAAAGGUUUAAUGAGGAGUGUCUACCUACUUAAGGCGCCAAGGCUCACCACCUAAGCUUAAUGCCAAAGAAUUAGUAUGAUAGGGUCUUUGUCUUCAAUUAAGUAUCAUUAGAUCUGUUGUUAUUUAUCCAAUCAUGUUUUACCCUAUCUUUCAGUUGGAAUUUUCUAUGCCCAUGGAAGAAAGGCUGCUUACCGACUGAACAAUUUUCCCAUUACUACAAUGUAUAUUAUACUUGAUUAUUGAUGUAUUAAUAUUAUGGAAAUUUUGGGUGAGGAAAAUAUACAUUAGAUUUUACAAUAAAUUAAAUCAAGUUUUACUCC